AUGACUACCACCUCCCCCUUCCCAGAGACUCCAGUCCUCACUGAAUCUUCCAUACAGGUCGACGGGAAUGCCCAGGACCCGAGGUCGCUUGUUCAGCACUUCUUCGGCGACAAUGUCAUCACCAACAAUGAUGAUGUCGCCAACGACGACGUUGACUGGACCACCCUUCAACAAAUGUGUGAUACCAUUACAGAUUCGGAGGACCAGCCCCUAUCAUCACCUCAUGAUUCAACCCUCGAAGACGAGCAUGCUCAAGCGGCACUACGUGACACCGCUCCAUCGACAUCAACGCCAGUUGAGAACGAAGCUAGCGGCACGGAUAAGGUCGAGCCGACGCAGGAGUUCACCGACGGGGAGUUCGAGCUUCCCAAGCGAGAGCUGAGAUCGCAGUGGGGGGAGAAGCGGACAUUUCCCACUACCUGGAUCGACAACGACGAGACUGGGAUUAUGACCCCGAGGAGGAGAAGCGACAGGAAAGACAGAAACGGGCCAAAUUGA